AUGCUGGGCCAAUCUUCGGUGGAAAAGGUAGAUGUGUACGUGUCUCUGUUCAAUUUUGAGUCAGAUUUGAGAGGUCGCAACAAAAGUAUCGACUACAGACAACAGAGAAAUGGUGCAUCAGACGGAGCUUCUCUUAAACAAUCUGGGAUAUAUUCACCAAUUAUCAGUGAAGCAUUUGGCUCAUUACGCACUGGCGAUCUUGUUUUCGUACGAUACAAUAUAGAAAAGUUGAAGUGGAUGGACAGAUACAAGAUCGUCGCUGCACGAUGCCUAUCGAAAAACAGAUUUUACGAAGAUGUGGGAAUAGUCUACAAUUAUCGAGGAAAAACUCAGGUGAUAAUGCUGCCCAGCCUCAAACUGGAUCUAAAUGAUGGCAUAGCGAAUGAUACGUUAACAUUGGGUGCAAAUACACGAAAACGAUAUGCCAUUUUCGAGCCUCAACGACUGAUUGAAGAUUUGGUACCGGACAUGGUGACCGUGAGGCGUCUUAUUUGCGAUGACGCUAGGCGAGGCGAUUUAGAAAAGGUCAUCGAAAGACUUGGUGGAGCGUCAAUUUUCACCAAAAGCAGCAACAUAAUGGAAGUUGUCGGCAGUUUGUGGGAACCCAAACCUUUCACUGGGAAGGCAUAUUCUGAGUACAGACAGUGUCUACAACUGACUAAAGGAUAUGAACUAAUGAUGCAAUUGGAAUUUGACGCCGUAGAUCUGAAUGAGGGGACCCAAAACUACAACAAUGCGAGGGGAGCCAAUCAUGCCGGAAAAGUACGUACCAACACCAUGCGACAUCCCCGUUCCGAACGAAAAUCAUCUGACAUAAUAUCUACUGCAGAUGGUAUCGAGCAAGCUCAUAGGAGUUGUAAAGGUUUCAUGGAAGGAUUUGAACGGUCUAAGAGGCAAGGACCGAUGUAUAAACGCAUUUUUAAUGGUACACAUUUCGUAACGCAUAUUUACUCUCUAUCGGGGUUUAUACCGGAAUCUGAAGCAUUUAGUACAUUGGAUAUUGGUCAGCUGUUUGAUUUUGACUUCCUUCCAUCUAAUGCCAGUCAAGGAAGAACAACCCCGCGACUUUCGGAGCCCUUCCACAUUUUCAACGGGAAACUUCACACAAACAUGUUUGAAAAUUUGAAGGAGUGUACCAAUGUGGACGUUUUGGGGAACAGGUUGUAA